AUGGAGUCUCUCCUUACGGCAUUGGAGACGCUAGUAGACGAGGCAGCCGACGCGAGCUACGAAGUCGAAUACUCGAGUGGAGUACUUACACUUAAACUCGGAGAGCUUGGAACAUACGUGAUCAACAAGCAGCCUCCUAACAAACAAAUAUGGCUAUCCUCCCCAACGAGCGGCCCUAAACGCUAUGACUACGACGUUGAAUCCGGGAAGUGGGUAUACAGUCGAGAUGGCGUAUCCCUUGGAACCUUACUCGAGCAAGAGUUGUCUUCAGCAUUCGAUAAAGAGAUCCGAUUUGGGAUAGAGCCACAAGACCAGGGUUCAGCCUAG